AUGAAACCCAAAGUCAAUGUGAAGAAGGUUGUUGCAGGAAAAGCAAGGGUUUCAAAAUCUAAAAAAAAAAAGAUACAGAAACAAAAAGGUUUGAUUGAAAGUGUUGACAUGAUAGAAGAUAAUGGAAUACAUAGGGAAAAUGAAUUGAGAACAAAAGGACGGUUUGAUAGAUGUAAAAUAAAAGGAAAACAUAAUGUUAUUGUCAAGAAGCGUAAUGAAGAUGAAGAUUCUGACUUUGAAGAUGCUAAACCUGUGCUUACAAGGAAAAAGAGAAUGCAUUAUACUUCCUUCAAAAAUGAUGACAAAGAAAAUGUGAAGAAAUUUAAAAGACAAAAGAAUAAAGAAGUAAAUGUAGUGAAAGCAAGGAAAAUGCCUAAAGUUGUAGGAAAUGAUGAAGAAGAAGCAAGGCGAAUACAAGUACGGACAUCUCCAAAUAUUUUGUACAGUUGUAUGCAUAACCUUAGCAAGGAACAGGAAGCGUAUAUUUCUUCUAUUGGUAUGGGGCAUUUGUUGAAUAUGAAAGUGGAUGGGUGUGCAUCAAUUAUGGGGCAUUAUACUAUAAGGAAUUUUGAUGCAGAUAGGAUGGUACUCAACCUUCAUCAUGGAGAGAUACCAAUUAAUCGACAGGUUAUUCACGAAAUGUUGGGUCUUCCUCUGGGAAAUGUUACAAUAAAGUUCAUGGCUUAUAGAGAAGUCACAGAAGACACGAUAAUUGUUUGGAAGAAACAAUUUGAUGAUGAUGAUAAUAUUAGACCAAGGGUAGUUCAACAAGUUAUUAUGCAAACAACACGUGCAUAUUUACUCUUUAAAGUAAACAUCUUUGUCCUACUGUGUAAUACACUAGGUCAGUCGAUGAGCAUGGGAACAUGUGACAUGUACAUGUUAUCAAAAGUCACGAAGGACCUGGAUCUAAGUGACAUUAAUUGGUGUGGAUAUGUUUUUGAUUGCCUUAAGGAGACAAAAAGUGCAUGGACUCCAAACAACAAAAAAGGAUUCUAUGUUGGGCCUAUUAUAUUACUGCUGGUACUAUACGUAGAAAGUGCUCGAUACGAUUCAGUGAAGAUUGUACGAGGCAAACCAGCAAUAUGUUUUUGGAAUGUUGAUAAACUGUGUGAGCGAGAAAGAGUAGAGUGUAGGACAAUAGGUCUGAGUAUGGGUGAAUUGCAAGAACCAUUUCAAGUCAUCAAUGAAGCAUCGGGAACUAGUAAUGUAGGGCAAGAAAAAGUUCAGGGAAAUGAUGCAGGAGGUGUGAAAAUUAGUGAUAGAAGGUGUAAGACAACUAUUUCAACAAUAAAGGAGAUGCACGACAUGCAAGUGCAGCAAAAGAAAGUGUUGGAAGAAAAAAUAAAUAAUGCUAUCAAGAAAUAUCCUGAGAAUCAGUUGAUCAAAGAAUGGAAAAACAAAGUAAAUGAUUUGUUUAAUGAAGUUUCCGCAUCAGAGGAACCAGAACAAUCCCAAUGGUGGUAUGAUAAUGCGGCUGAAAUUGAACGUAUGCUGAUUCUAGCAACAUCUCACAAACAGUUUGACAACUCCCCGAUAAUAAACUAUAGUAUUCAGAUGUCACAGGAAUAUGCAGACUUCGUGAAUAGAUCUGGAAGAAAAUAUUUUCAGACUACACCACCAUCUAAAAUGAAAAUGCCAAUACCUCUGUCUGUAGUACCAUUCAACAAUGAUGAAAAGGGGUUCGAUAGAAGAGGGUACAGGCCUCGCAUGAAAUCCGAAUAUCUGAAAUCUCCUUACAUUAUACGGAAUUCAUAUCUUGAAAGUGAUUUAACAGAAAGUCAACGUAAAGAUAAAUUCAUUGAGAAUCUGGUGCUUUCUAUUGAAGAUAUGGACGCAAGCCUACGUUACGUUAGAUUGCUCUUCCUACCAGUCAUCCGUUCCUUCUACAUUUUCCUUUUUGUGAUCAAUCUACAACACCCAUAUUUUGUAAUCAUUGACAACAACAAAGUUGAUGAUCAUAUUGAUGAGAGAUAUGGUCAGUUGCCCCAAAUCAUUAAAGAGUACAUAGUUGAUUACUUAAAAUCUCAGAAUCAUCCAAAAGAUGAGAUGUUUUCACAUGUGAUGCCACAUAGACUGGAAAUGCCUUAGAGAACAAUAAACAACCACAUCGAUUGUGGUGUGUUUAUGAUGCGUCACAUGGAAACGUAUAUGGGUGGAAGUAUGAAUGAGUUUAAAGUUGUGUUCAAGAACGAGUCUUCUACACAAGAUGAUCAACUUGUUAAACUGAGGACAAAGUAUUUAUACAAAAUCAUCACUCAUGAAUAUAAUGUGCAAAAAGAUUAUGUGCUCCAAAAGGUUGAUGAAUUCCACAAGAUUCCUUCAAGACAACGUUCUCAAUUGUUGGCCAUUGCAAAGGAACAAAUUCACACAAGACUAGAUGAUUUUAGUUAAUUAUGUUAAAAAUGUUAUUUUAGUUAUGACUUCGAUGGUUUCUUUUGGAUAGUUUUAAAACAAUGGUUUUGUAUGCUAAGGAUAUUAACUUGGGUUGCAGAAUGUACAAUAGUUCCUUUUGGUUUGCUAAUUUUAGUAAUGGAAUGGUG